AUGACAUUUUUUAGUAAAAAAACAUUUGUAAAAAGAAACGAAACCAAAAGAUUAUCCAACCGAGUGUGCUUAUUCCUGAGUAAAUUCCCAUCCAAUGGUGCUUCCGAGGAGGGUAGGGUUGUUGUAGAUCGUUGCGGUUGCGGAAAUGGUGGAAGUUGGGAAAAAGAAGAAUUAGAAAUGGGAUUUUGGAACAUUUUAAUUCCACAGUGCUAUGAAGAUCCAAAAUA